GAUGGGGCGAGCACAGCUCUGCCUCGCAUCUGCUCCCCCAACUCCUCCGGCCCGGUACCUCGCCCUCAGACUGGGAAGCUCAACCUAAACCCAAAGAGUCUACUCCUAUGCAGGAUAUUUUGAAGGAAAAUUCAUCCCAUGAUUUGCAAAUGGGGCCAGGGCUGGAUCUGAGGAUGCAGAUCCGGCCUGUGACGGGAGAGAGUGGGAUACUUUCAACUCCAGAGGACCGGCCAGCUCUCCGGGAGUCAUUUUGGCCUUCUGGAUACACAGCGCUGAAGGCAGCUGUGCGGAUUCAGAGGGUGGCCACGUCGGAGCCUGCACUGGGCAUCUCCAACCCCUGGGCCGCCAAGCGUUCUGCUCUGUCUGCUCAGGACCCUGUGUGGUUGCAGGAGGAGAGCAUAGAGGAAGAAGCUGUGAUAUCUGGCGUGCUGUCUACCUGUGUACAGGAACCAGUCACCUUUGCAGAUGUGACUGUGCUCUUCACCCCAGAAGAAUGGAUGUUUCUAGACUCUGCUCAGAGAAGCCUGUACAGAGACGUGAUGCUGGAGAACUACAGGAACCUUGCCUCUGUGGGAGAUCAAGUAUGCAAACUCAGUACCUUUUCCUAUUUGGAGCAAAGAGAAGAGCUGUGGAUCACUGACAGAGGGAUCUUUCCAGGAGCCCAAACAAAACUUCAGCUGCAACCCCAAGAGCCAAUUCUUAACCAAGAUAUUUUUGCGGAGAUUUCAUCCAUUGGCAUAGAAAGGGAGCAACCUCUACCUGGAGAAAAACUCUACAAAUAUAAUGAACUUGGGAAACCCUUUCACAACAUCAAACAGCUUUUUCAGUAUGAGAGAAUUCAUGCUGGAGGCAACCCCUAUGAAUGCCAAGAGAGUGAGAAAUCCUUUUUUCAGACCACUAACCUAAUAGUGCGUGAGAAGAUCCAUAGUGGAGAUAAAACCUAUGCAUGUAACAAAUGUGAAAAAUCCUUCAGAUACAGCUCUGACCUUAUCAGGCAUGAGAAGACCCAUACCUCAGAGAAGUGCUUUGAAUGUCAAGAAUGCAGACAUGCCUUCAAGUACUCCUCGAAUCUGCGGCGCCACAUGAGGACUCACACAGGAGAGAAACCCUUUGAAUGUAGUCAGUGUGGGAAAACCUUCACGAGGAACUUUAACCUGAUUUUGCACCAGAGAAACCACACAGGUGAGAAGCCCUAUGAAUGUAAGGACUGUGGGAAAGCUUUUAAUCAGCCGUCCUCUCUGAGGAGCCAUGUGAGAACUCACACUGGAGAGAAGCCCUUUGAAUGCAGUCAGUGUGGGAAAGCCUUCAGGGAACAUUCAUCACUGAAGACUCAUCUGCGAACUCAUACCAGAGAGAAACCAUAUGAAUGUAACCAGUGUGGAAAGCCCUUCCGAACAAGCACCCAUCUGAAUGUUCACAAGAGGAUCCACACAGGGGAGAAACUUUAUGAGUGUACUACUUGUGGUCAGGUAUUGAGUCGUCUCUCAACUCUCAAGAGUCACAUGCGAACCCACACUGGAGAGAAGCCCUACACAUGCCAGGAAUGUGGGCGAGCCUUUAGUGAACCCUCAUCCCUCAGGAAACACACAAGGACCCACACUGGCAAGAAGCCCUAUGCCUGUCAGGAAUGUGGGCGAGCAUUUGGUCAGUCUUCACACCUUAUUGUACAUGUGAGAACCCACACUACAGGAAAACCCUAUGAAUGUAGUCAGUGUGAGAAAGCAUUCAGGCACAGCUCUUCACUUACUGUGCAUAAAAGGAUUCACGCCAGGAGAGAAAAUGUUAGGAAUGGCAGCAUGCCUUUAUCAGUGUCUCAUUCAUUUGGUGGGCCUCUUGCUAAAUAACUUCCAGUUUGUAAAAAAUAUAAUCAUUUGGGCCUACAAUAAUUUCUCAAAGUACUCGUUUAGCUACAUCACAUGUUAUGAUGUCUGAUUUACUUUUGAUUCUAAAUAUUGUCUUAGUUUCCAUUAUCAUUAAAUCUUUGAUACAUGACUUAUUUGAAAUUAGAUUUUUAAAUAACCAUGGGUUAUUAUAUUUUUGCAUAGGUAUAAUUAUAGUGGAAUACAUAAAUCUUAAAAGUUGGAUGAGUUUGACAGAUGUAUUCAUACAUGUAACCAACACCCCAUUCAAGAUAUAGAACAUUUCUGUCAUUCUGGAAAGUUCCUGUAUAUAUCUGGGUGUUUUUUAGUUGGCUUUUGUUGCUGGUUUCUAAUUUAAUAACAUUGUGAGCAGAGUAGGUGGUCUUUGUGUUAUUGAAUCAGGUAUUUGUUGAGAUUUGCUUUUUGGUCUAGUAUGGCACAUCUUACUAGUUGUCUACCAAAACUGCCCUUUCUUCCCUACAAUAGAACCUAGGUUUUUUUUGUUCAGAUUGGUAAUGUGCACUAUUAAAAAAUCUCCAUAUCCCAGUCCUUCUUGCAGUUAAAGAAGGCCAUGUCCCCAGUUCUGGUCAGUAUAAGAAGUUGCUGGGUGUGACUCCUGGGAAAGAGGUUGGAAAGGUGUGGUUUCAGUUAGCCAGAUCCCGCUACUUGCCUUUUGUACAAGCAGACAUAAUGUCCAGUGCUAGAGGAGUCAUCCUGUGACCAUAGGAUAAAAGCCACAGGCUAAAGAAAGUGUAGCCAGAAGUCACAACUAUUCUGGUUCCCCAGUUGGUAUCUUUAUGUGUCCGUACUAGCCCUCGACUGUUUGUUUCUGAAUAUCUUGUUAAAUGCACUUCUUUUUUUUUAUCCUCACCUGAGGACAUUUUUGGACAUUUUGUUCAGAUAGAGUGGGAGGGAGAAAGAGAGAGAAACAACGACAUGAA